AUGGAUGGCACCGACAUUGUUACGUUUCGAGAAAAUGACAAGGCUUUUCGAUUAUUUGGUACGAACGUUCAUGUAAAGGUCGGCGCCUAUAUUGCUGGUGUAAUCGGGUUUGCUGUGACGAUAGCCUUCUGUAUAACGUACACAUUCUAUCAUAGCAGAGGCAUGGGACGAAAUCCGUUUCUUGAUCAUUUAGAACUAGAAAGGCUAUUCUUCAGUCCAUUUUUGGUGUUCUAUUUGACGAACUUCGCUUUGAAUGUGAUUUUCACGGUGAUCACGGUGAUCGCUGCUUCGUUGGAUCUUCAUCGGCAACUCUUCGGCAACAUCAAAUACGAUCUCGGUUGGACGGCUUUUCAGGUAUUUUUCUUAGUCCCGUUCAUGGAUAAUGCUUUACAUGAUGCUUGA